AUGAGCUCCGGCAUCCCACCGUGGCGUGUUGCGGCUUCAGCCACCGCUACCACCUCAAUUCACUCUGGCCAUGUGGCCCCAGCUUAUAUCCCAGUGCAAGCACGCCGUAGUAUCGCGCCCACAAAAGCCACGAACCCCGGUCCUUCACCUACAACCCCGACGACGUCUACCGAUGCCGCCACCCGCAAACGAGUAGAAUUCCCAGAAGCUGUCCGCAAAUAUGUGCAACGCAGCUUUGCGCCCGAAAACCGCCUUUCCGGGGUCGAACGGAGUGAGAUGGAGGCGAAACUCAAGUCGGUCAUCACAGAGGCAGCAGAGGGUAACAUGCUUGACAAGAUCGACUGGGAAACCCUGCCUCUGCCGCAGGUCAUGGUUCAAAAUGACCGCAACAUGGUGCUCGCCAGCCCAGGUGUCUCGACUUGGGCCGCAUUUGGGACACUUUCGCCGAAGAAGUCGAGCACCCCGUUGGUCGACCUAUCGAAAAAGAGGAAAUCGGUGGAGUACCACGGAGACGCGAGCAGCUGUCCACCAUGGAGACAAACUAACAACCAGAAUGCCUUUGAAGACCGAGUCACUUAUCCUUCCACAGACAAGCGGCAGAAGAUGGACAGUAAGAACCCAAGUAAGUCAAAAGCUAAUCUGGAGAUGCGGAGGAAACGUUUCGAGGACGCACAAGGACGACAUGGAUCUUCACCCUCUUCCCGCGGUGCAUCACCGACCCCCAAUGCAAACCAAGGCCCUGUUGUCGGAAGGUGCCAGGAGCUCGAGAAGAAUUACUUCCGCCUGACUUCUGCACCGAAUCCGGAUACCGUCCGUCCCUUGCCGGUCUUGAUGAAAACAUUAGACCUACUGAAGAAGAAAUGGAAAAAGGACAACAACUAUGGCUAUAUUUGUGACCAGUUCAAAUCCCUCCGUCAAGAUUUGACUGUGCAGCAUAUCAGGAACGAAUUCACUGUCAGCGUCUAUGAAAUCCAUGCCCGGAUUGCCCUAGAGAAAGGUGACCUUGGUGAGUAUAAUCAGUGCCAGACUCAGCUACGAGCGUUGUACGCACAGCAACUUGGCGGUCAUCCUACGGAGUUCAAGGCCUAUCGUAUCCUCUACUUCAUCCAUACCCGCAACUGGACGGCCAUGAACGAUGCCUUGGCCGAUCUAACUGCAGCAGACAAACGGGAUCUUGCUGUGAAACAUGCGUUGGAUGUCCGUUCCGCUCUUGCUCUUGGGAACUAUCACCGUUUCUUCCAGCUUUAUCUCGAUACCCCGAAUAUGGGUGCUUAUCUAAUGGACAUGUUCGUGGAUCGUGAGCGACUUUCUGCACUCGCAGCAAUUUGUAAAGCAUACAAACCCGAUGUAAACAUCCGUUUUAUUACUGAAGAACUUGGUUUCGAGUCCGACGAGCAGAGCGCACGCUUUAUUUUGGACCAUACUUCGGAGGACCUCCUCCAAGAGAAAGAUGGCGUGGUGAGACUGCUUACGGGUGGCAGGGCCGGCCAACUCUUCGAAGGAGCCAAGGCCGAGGCCCACCGAAUUGUCGAUAUCAAGGGACAGAUCUAA